AUGUUCCGUGCAUCUUUGUCUCGGUUGACGCAGCAGACGUCCAAGGCGGCAGCGAAUGCCUCCGCAGUUGCUGCAUCAAACAAGGGGUCUCAGCGCAAUCGUGUGGCUAUUCUCGUAACGGCUGCCGCCGUCGGUGCGGGUACAGUGUUGGCCCUCACGCGUCGGAAAGAGGCGGACGAGUAUGCCCUGCCGCAUGACGUGAGCCCCGCACAGUUCUGGUCGCCGCCCACGCGAACCCAGAUGAUCGAGGCCCUCAAGCAAUCAUCGCCGCAUUCGCUGCGUUCGGAUGGCAGUCUCGACCAGGCCAAGUCGCUGCUCGUGCCAUCUCACCAGGCCGUGGGCCACAGCCCUAUCCCUGAGGUCGAACAUGCGUACCAUUCGCCUGAGGAGGACGAUGGAGAUGGCUUUGAUCUGCUUGUCAUCGGUGCUGGUGCGACGGGCGCCGGUGUGGCGCUCGAUGGUGCCACACGUGGCCUCAAAGUGGCGAUGGUGGAUCGUGAGGACUUUGGUGGCGAAACAUCGUCUAAGUCCACGAAACUCAUUCACGGUGGUGUGCGCUACCUUGAGAAGGCCGUCAAGCAGCUUGACUGGGAACAGUACAAGAUGGUGACAGAGGCUCUGCGUGAGCGUAAGACCUUUUUGCACAUUGCGCCCUACCUGACGUCGCCGCUGCCCAUUUUGAUUCCGGCAUACUCUUGGUGGCUCAUUCCCUACUACUAUGCUGGCACAUUCUUGUACGACCUUAUUGCAGGCAAGCAGAACAUGGGCAAUUCGUACGUCGUCAGUCGCAACAAGGCGCUGGAGGCCUUCCCGAUGCUCCGCGCGCACAACCUGGCUGGUGGUGUUGUGUACUACGAUGGCCAGCAGAACGACACGCGUAUGAACAUUGCGCUCGUGCUGUCGGCUAUCCAGCAUGGCGCUGUUGCUGCGAAUCACUGCGAAGUCGUCGCGCUCAACAAGUCGGACAAGGGCCGCAUUAUUGGUGCGCGUCUGCGUGAUCAGAUGACGGGAGAUGAGUUUGACAUUCGUGCGAAGGGCGUGGUGAAUGCCACGGGUCCCUUCUGUGAUGCCAUUCGCAGGAUGGAUGAACCAACGGUGUCGGAGAUUGUGUCGCCAUCGUCGGGUGUGCACGUUACGUUCCCUGGUUACUUUAGUCCCCGUGGCAUGGGUCUGCUCGACCCUGCGACGAGUGACGGCCGUGUGAUCUUUUUCCUGCCCUGGCAAGGUGCCACGAUUGCCGGCACGACGGAUGUGGCCUGCAAGGUCGAACCGCACCCGCUGCCCGGUGAGAAAGAGAUUGAAUGGAUCCUGGACGAAGUGAGGAACUACCUCAACACCGAUGUGACGGUCAAGCGCUCGGACGUGCUGAGUGCCUGGAGUGGCCUCCGCCCGCUGGUCAAGGACCCCUCUGCCCCCGACACGCAGAGUCUCGUGCGUAAUCACAUGAUCCACGUGAGUGACAGCGGCCUGCUGACGAUCUCGGGUGGUAAGUGGACGACCUACCGUGAGAUGGCGGAACAAACCGUGGACCGUGCCGUGGAAGCAUUUAACCUCAAGCCGAUCCGCGACUGCGUCACGUCGCAGGUGCGCUUGAUUGGUAGCCACUCGUGGUCGCGCACCAUGUAUGUCCGCUUGCUCCAGGAGUUUGGACUCGACACAGACGUUGCCUUCCAUCUCUCGAACUCGUACGGCGAUCGCGCAUGGAGUGUGUGCUCCAUUGCCAAGCCCACGGGCGAGCGCUACCCCCUGCACGGCAUCCGCCUCGACUCCCAGCUGCCGUACAUCGAGGCCGAGGUCCGCUACGCGACGCGCUCCGAGUUCGCCGUCAAGGCCACCGACUUUAUCGCACGUCGCUCGCGCAUGUCCUUCCUCAACACGGAGGCCACCAUUGAGGCGCUCCCACGCAUCGUCGAUAUCAUGGGCGAGGAACUCGACUGGUCCGAGACGCGCAAGCAGGCCGAGUUUAGCAACGCCAUCCUGUUCAUGGCCUCCAUGGGUGUGGACAUGACGCGUGUGAGCGAACUUGCCAAAGAAAGCCUCGUCAAGGCGCGUACGUGGAAGGACCAUAACUCUCCUCGCCACUUGAGUCCUGCGCUCUCAGCCAGCCCUGUGAUGUCGACCUAG